GUGUUGGUGAAAGUGUGAAACUCAGCUGUAAUUCCCCUGAGAAACAGCAGUCCAUCAAACACAUCUGUAAAGAGAACGAGCAGAAGAUCUGUCAGAGCAUCAGUUCAUCAGAGAAGCAGCGCUUUGAGUUUUCUGACAGUACAGCAGGAGUUUUUACAGCGAGCAUCAGUAAUGUGAGCCUGAGAGAUGCUGGAGUUUACUGGUGUGGAGCAGAAACCAGACACCAGCAUCUGACUUCUGUUUCUCUCACCAAUAAACAUCAACUGACUUUAACCAUGCCUCCAGUGAUCGGACGUGAAGGAGAUUCAGUCCAGAUCCAAUGCCCUUAUGAUGAAAAACACUCAACAGGAAUGUGUCUGCGCAGUGGAACAUGUUUGAGUAAAGAAGUAAAGUAUCUGUGUAAAGGAAAGUGUUUCACUGAAGAUGCUCAAAUUAUCAUUCAGUCAGAUAAAGGUAAUGUUAAAAACCCAAAGAUUUCAGUAAAGGACGACACUGAACUCAGUCUCUUCACUGUGACCAUGACUGAGCUGAGAGCAGAGGAUGCUGGGAAAUACUGGUGUGCAGUGAAAGAUGUGUUUAAUCUUCACAUUGAGCUCAUGAUCAUCAGGAAGGACGACUCAUCAUUUUAA